CCAUGAUAGGGCGAACCAACUCCCCGAUUUUCGCUCAAUCAUCAAGCGUCCAGACCCAUAUUAAGCAUAAUGCAUGGAUGGCCAAAUUCACCAAUCGAAGCUUCACAGCUUAUUAAAUGAGUAAUUUUUGAGUGUUUGGGGGGGACUCGAUCGACCGAUAUGGCAACAACAACAUCCAGUUCCCGGUCCUCCCACAGGCUCCGCGAUCUCUGCUGCGACCUGCAAGCGCAAAGGAAUGCCUCGUCGCUGCUCAAAGGUCUGCUCUUCACCUUACCUGCCCUCGCCGUCCUUGCCGCCGGCGUGCUCCUUCUGCUACGCUUCGCCGUUGCCCCACAGAUCAAGGCCUACGUCCAGGACGCCCGCCUCAGCAGCUUCGCCCCCGCAGGCGCACGGGCGUACAACAUCUCCGUCUCGGUGGCCCUCACCGUUCGCAACCCCAACGGGGCCAUGGCCAUCAAGUACACCAAGCCUCUCGUGGCCACCUUCCUCUUCGACGACCGGCGCCUCUACAACGUCACCGUGGCGGACGAGGGGUAUGACCACAAGCCGCUCAAGAGGGACCUGCACCUCCUACGCGGCGGCGGGGAGGUCCCCUACGUGCUCGACCCUGCAGCGGCCGAGUUGUUCAAGAAGCAGAACGCCACGGGCGUCUUCAAGGUGGAGAUGCGCCUCUCCGUGGGGAUCACGCUCGGCAUCGGCAAUAACCGUGGGCUGGAGCUUAGCUGCCCGCUCGCGCUGCGGCGCCCGCCACCGCCGGUGCCAGGCCCUGACCCUGAUGACGUCGUGUUCCAUGAGGUCGAGUGCAUACCUGACAAGCCCAGGAAAAUCGUCUUUUGACAAAUGUAUACUAGCACCUCAUCUUUCUGAAAACAUAAAGCGCUUGUAGUUUGCAACAUUUAUCUCCCUUUAUUUACAUAAUGGAAGUAGCAAUGAGGACC